AUGUCAGGGCAGCGUGUGUGUGUUUCAGAUUUCGAGAAGGAGGCCAAGAAAGUUCUUCCAAAAGCUGUGUAUGAUUACUACCGCUCAGGAGCCGAUGAACAGCAUACUCUGGGUCACAAUGUUGCUGCCUUUAACAGGUACGGUGCACACACGCAUUCAUUUAGUGGCUCUGUUGAAGUCUGUUGAAGCUGCAAACGGCAAUAUCUAACUAUUGAACAGAAAACACUGAUGACUCGUGCAUUAAAGAGGUCACUUCAGUUCAUACACAUGCAUGUUUGUACUUUAAAUGCUUAUUUGCUUGGAUUCUCUUUAUGUCAUAAUUCCUCAAUAAUUUUACCUUUUAGUCAAAUUUGGACCUGUAUCUGCCAAACACAUCAAAGCAGUAUAAGAAUCAAAAUACAGACUCAGACAUUUCUGUUUUUACUUUGCAAAUUUCUGUUUCUGUAGUUUCAUAAUUCCUGAUAUCUCCACUGAUCAUAUGUGAUGCAUUUAACUUAAAAAUAUGCAAAUGCAAUAAGUAUUAAAAUGUUAGCCUCUUGAAACAGCCUAUAGUUAAAAUCUGCAUUAUUGAAUCUGUUUUUCUAAAAUAUAUGUUAGUUAGUUUGUUAAUUUUAUUGGAAAAAAAAAAAACAGCAACAAGAAAAUGUCUGAAAAGUAUGGCUCUCUCUGCAAUUUGAAGAUGUGCUUACUAUAAAUAUAGGUACUAGAGAAUUUAAAUGCAUCAUAAUUUUAAUUAAUACAUUAAAAUUAAGAAUGCUUUUGAGUAUCUUAAGAUUUUUAUUUAUUUAUUUUAUUAAAAAAAAAAAAACAUUACUGUGAAAAAAAAAGAGAGAAAGACUGUUAAAAAUACAAAUGCCGAACCAUACUUAAUGCUGCCGUCUCACAACAAAAUAAACAAGCACUGCCGUGAAAGCUGGAAGCACAUGGGUGUAUUUGGGAUAAAAAUACCGCCUGAACAAGUCAGAACUUCUCUAAAAAUGGCAAAAACAACAGUCUGAUCAGCCGUCAGCAACAACAGGUAGGCAUGCUACACAAAAGCAGGCCUUCUGUGCGCAAAGAAUUUCUGUAAAAAUCUGCUGAUAAUGAUGGAGAAAGGCAAAAAGGCCGGGCAGAAGCAGCAGCUGUGUACAGAGUAGGGUAGCAUUUAAAGCUCCCCUAAGGAACUUUAGACGUGUCAGUUUUGACGCCCCCUGUGGACAAAGCAGUCUUCACUUUUCUCGUCCUCUUAAUGCCCAAGAAGUGUCAUCUGACAAAAAAUCUCAACUUGCUGUUUUGAUGUCGUGUAGCUUUUAUUGUGAAUUUUUAAUAAUGCAAAAAUAGUCUUUACAAAAAGGUUUGUGUUUGUCUACAUGUGUGUUGUUCUAGGUGGUAUCUUAUCCCUCGGGUGCUGAGAGAUGUGUCUGCGGUGGAUCUGUCUGUCUCUGUGCUGGGACAGAAGCUCAGCAUGCCUCUCUGUGUUGCAGCUACGGCCAUGCAAAGGAUGGCUCAUCCUGAGGGAGAAACAGCCACAGCAAGAGGUAAACUGAGCUGCAGCUGUCACAAAGAAAUAUAUGUGGGAUGGACCUUUAAGAAAUCAGAAUGGGAAUUUGUUCUCAAAAACCCACUUAGCUGAGAAGAUCCUGAUGUUAACCAAUUUUUUCUCCUCUGUAAUUUGAUUUUACCUCAUAAAAAUAAUCUUAGAACUAGAGUCUGUAGGAUAGUUCUUAAUUUAAGCAUUCAGAUUUAUCUCCUCUCCCUUUGCUUGACUUCACAAUGACAAAAAAAGGAGUCAUGUUUAUAGAUCUAAAGCAACUUUCAAUGCUUAAUGUGAGUCUUCUUUAUGCUAUUUUAACACCUGUAGUAACUGUCCUUUUAGCAUGCAAAGCAGUGGGAACAGCGAUGAUGCUGAGCUCCUGGGCCACCUCCACCAUAGAGGAAGUGAUGUCAGCAACGACAACCUCUGAGGGCGGUAGAGGGGUUAUGUGGCUGCAGCUUUAUAUCUACAAAGACAGAGAGCUGACACUGUCUUUGGUUCGAAGGGCAGAGGCAGCUGGUUAUACAGGCAUCUUUGUCACUGUGGAUACGCCGUAUCUGGGGAGAAGAUGGGACGAUAUCCGCAAUCAUUUUAAACUGCCCUCACAUCUGAGGUGAGACCCAAACACAACAGUAAGAGCAUCAUGGAUGGACAACAUAAAGUGUAUGAUACCACCUCCCUUAAACUCUUAACUCUGUGUGUUUCCAGCAUGUCGAACUUCUCAACAGCCUCUCUGGCGUUCUCUGAGGACAGCUACGGCAACGACAGCGGUUUGGCUGUUUAUGUGUCAAAAGCAAUCGACCCCAGUCUCUGUUGGGAUGAUAUCAGCUGGCUGAGAAAACAAACACAUCUGCCUGUGAUCGUGAAAGGAGUGCUGAAUGGUACAUUUAAACACACACAUACACAGACAACUUUUUUUUUGCUCCAUCAACAGUUUUUUUUUUAUGACAUAUUUUUAACAAGUUCCAACAUUUGGAUUUAUUUUGACCUCGUAUUUCUUGGACGAGGCUUCAGCAGGGUCCUUUAUACCAACACUGACCUUAUUUUAAGUGAUUCAACAAACGGAGAGGAUCUAUGCGCAGACUAAACUGUGAUUUAUUUGUUUAUUUGAACAGGGGAAGAUGCAGCCCAGGCGCUGAACUAUGGUGUCGAUGGCAUCCUGGUAUCCAAUCAUGGUGCAAGACAACUGGAUGGUGUACCCGGCACGGUCUGUCUGUGUGAUAAGUUUGAGUUGAAGUUCAUGUCACAGGCCCAGUUUGAAGACCUAACCUCGAGCUUGACGACUGCUCUUCAGUUGUGGCCAGUUUUUUUAAUAUAGAAUAAAAAAGUUGCAUCCUCUUCCUUGUUUAAAGAAUUCUGUUCUCUAUUUUUCCAUUUUUAUUCGGUUUUCAUUCUUUGAGUGUUUUGGAGUUGGUAUCGUGUUUUUAACAGUCUAAUCAAGGUCGGUUUGUUUGUGUUUACAGAUGGAUGUUUUGGAGGAGGUGGUGAAGGCAGUUCAGGGUCGUUGUGAUGUCUACCUGGAUGGAGGAGUGAGGAAGGGGUCGGAUGUCCUAAAGGCAAUCGCUCUUGGAGCCAAGGCUGUCUUUAUUGGCCGACCAGUGCUGUGGGGCCUUGCCUGUCAGGUAUCUAUGACCUGACAUGCCUACAAUAAUCUCUUCUGUACCUUUUUUUAGAUAAUUGAUAUAUCUUUUCUUGAUUGGACUCAUUCUAAUUGUCUUCAUUGUUUGUGUACUGUCUUUUGGCUACAAAAAACAAACAAACAUGUAUUUGUGAUUCCAGGGGGAACAAGGAGUGAUUGAACUUCUAGAGCUGCUUAAAGAGGAGCUGCGACUGGCUAUGGCUCUGUCAGGUAGCAACCACACACUAAGAAUCUACAGCCUGUAUAUUCAUGUCAGUCAAACGCUUUUGUCGGGCUCCUGAAUGUGUGUGUGUUUGUGCGCUCUUAGGUUGCCGCUCCAUAUCUGAGGUGAGCAGGUCCCUGGUCAGGAGAGCGGAGUUAACCUCCAGGAUAUGA